AUGAAGGCCUCUAUCGUGUCGCUCGUCUUCACCGCAGCUCUUGCGGCUGCCCAGGAUCUCAGUGGCCUCCCGUCCUGCGCUACUGGCUGCGUCACCAAGUUCACCACUGGCACCGCGAUUGGUGGCUGCCAGCAGCUUGACAUUGGAUGCAUCUGCAAGAAUGCCGAUUUCCUCAACGGCAUCGCAUGCUGCCUGGCUGAUGCCUGCAGCAAAUCUGACCAGGACAAGGCCGUCUCGUUUGCUCAGCAGAUCUGCUCUUCCGCCGGCGUGAGCACUCCCGACCAGGUUGUUUGCAAGGACAGCUCUUCGAGCCAGACUGGCUCUGCUACGGUAUCCGACAACUCUGCUUCGAGCAAGACAACUGAAUCUUCUGAUUCAUCCACCACCAAAUCCUCUGAUUCAUCUACCUCCGCGGCCGACUCUUCCUCUGCCCCUGCCUCGACCGGCUCUGGCUCCACAACUGCUGCCCCGACGGGUUCUUCGGCAAAGACAACCACAGGAUCGGCCACAAAGUCCGCGGCCACAACCACGAGCUCAAACGUUGCCGCCCCCUUGGCUUCUGCUGGUAGCCUUGUUGGUGCCGCCAUCGCCAUGCUGGCUGCUGCCCUGUAA